AUGACCAAGAGAAGUAAUACAGGGUCAAAUUUGAGUGUAGAAGACAAAAAGAAGCCUUCUAGCCAAGAAUUAAAAAAUGAUAUGACAGAAGAGCUGGUACAAGAAAAGCACACCCUUGGCUUAAACAAACUUGAUAAGGGAGAAAUAAAUGAAGCAGUUAAAAAUUACAAAUGGAUGCUCAAAAUUGAAACUCAGUUUGAAUUCAAAGAAGAAAGAAGAGCAAACAAGGAGAACCUAAAAGAGACAAGUAAUAAAAGGUUGUUAAACAAUGCAAGAGAGAUCACAAAAAAUGUGAGGAGCUCUAGUAAUCAAGCGAUCAUUGAAAAACUUGUCAAGUAUCCAAGAUUUAAGAGCCCUGAACAAUAUAUAAAUAAGUUGUGGGAUGCAAUUACAAAUGCAAUUAAAAGAGUGGCAAACAAGACAAUUCCAAAGAAGCGAGUAUACAACCUUGGUUCCAAGACCAGAUAUAAAAGAAAAGGGACAAAAAUACAUAAUGAUGCUAUGAAGCUAAGCAAAGUAAUCCAGACAUUUAAAAAGAAAAGUAGCAUAUAUGAGGUUGAUGAAGUAGAAUAA